AUGACUAGUGGCCACUUAUCACGCGGUCCAUUACGUGUGAUUUUGUUUAUAUUUCUUACGUUUUACUCGAUAUGUGCUAAUGCUUUUUAUCCAUGCUCGAAGGAUCGAUAUUUAAAGCCGAAGUCUUCAUUUGAAGUAGAAAUAAAAAAUACCGGUUACGCGGCUCAAUUGGCACAUAUAAACAAGGGAGAUGAUGACAGUUCAUUGCCCGAAUCAGAGCCACAAUCUAGAUUCUCACAAGAGUCAGGAAGAGUGGAAAUCCCACUUAAACCUGGUAUGUCAAUCCUGUCUACAGAUGAAAACAAUCUUUCAUACUUUGUCAAUGUCACGAUUGGGGACGAGGAAUACCCAUUGGUUAUAGAUUCUGGAUCUGCUUACCUAUGGGUUUAUGGUGACUCAUGUAAGUCUGAUUCAUGUUCUUCGAAGAAGCUUUUCGCUACCAAGAACGUUAACAAAGCUAACGGCGACCAAACUUUCUCGCUGACGUACAGCUCUGGUGUUGCAUCCGGAGAUGUUUAUGAAGAUAGAAUUAUUGUUAACAAGCUGGCCACAACGCAGAAUUUCACCUUUGGUGUUGCUGACCAGGUUCCUGGACUUUUCAUGAAUUAUCCAGUUAGCGGGAUUUUCGGAUUACCAUCAAAUAACUCACAAAAUAUUGAAAGUAUCAUUUCUAUCCUGAGCGAUUCUCAUGCUAUAUCUACGGAGAAGUUCUCAAUGAUAAUUGGUCCAGUUAAUGCAGCAGAUAAUUCUACAUCGCCAGACUCUAACGAUAAUACGGCGCUGACAAAAAAUAGCGGAGUGUUUGUGAUUGGAGACUUGCAAGACAAUUUAUACUCCGGCGAAGUGUCUUACACUCCUUUAUUACAGAAUGAUAACCAUUACUGGCAAAUGAAAAUCGAUAGUGUGUAUGUGGGCUCUCAACUCGUGAACUUCUCUAUUGCUGAAAAUGUGACUGGAUCACAGUCUCGUAAUACAAGAUCGGGAAUUGUAGAUAGUGGAACCACGUUACUAAUCUUACCUACACAGGAUGCACUAGACUUGCAUACAUUCUUCCCUAAGUCUGUUUCGGAUGGUACCAAUUUUGCAAUCUUUUGCAACUCCACAAUGGAUAUCUUUUUGGAAUUGAAUGGUGUUAAAUGGAGUAUCUCCCCGAAAGAUUAUUUAGGAGAACCUUAUUCCAGUGAUUCAUAUUAUCAAGGGUACUGUGUUUCAAACAUUCAAGGUGCAAAUAUCGACAAAUCGUGGAUCUUGGGUGACGUUUUCCUAAAGAAUAAAUAUGCCGUUUUCGAUGUUGAGAAACAAUUGUUCGGUUUAGCCAACGUCAAUGAAAAUGCAAUCCUGGUUCCAUACUCCAAUGGUGUUUCAAACACAUCGGGAGACAACAAUAUAAAUUCUACUAAAACAACGUUGUCCUCCAUUGCAAGUUCCACUGCUACUUCAAGAAAGAACUCCACAUCCGCAUCUACAUCCACCUCAUCUUCGAAGGGUUCUGGAUCUGCAAACGAAAACCCCAAGUCAUUUUUGAUAGGUUGUCUUGCCUUAUUCCUCCUCGCUUUCUAA